CGACCGAGUCCACAGCCCUGCUUGGCGGAGGCCAACCCUCACUGGGAACGAAUCCGACUUACUGCCGACCAAACUCCUCCCAAUCACGCCCUUCCAGGUCUCACUGUCAUUGCCCACGUCACCCAGCAGAACGAUUGAGUCCCCAGAAGGCUCGCUCUCCAGCACUUCUUCUAAGGACUCCAAAAAGCGUGGGUAGUCUGAGCUGCCGUUUGGUGCAUAGACAGAAACAACAGUCAGGACCUGUCUCCCCACCCGAAGGAGGAGGGAGGCUACCCUCUCAUCCGCCUGGGUGAACCUUUGGCCUCUCCUACAGGAUCCUGAACUCGCUUCCCCGUUCUGCGUAGCGUCCUGUACUUUUACUGUCUGUAUGCACACUGGCUUUUAUUCGUUGUGUUAUCUAUUUAUUUAUUAUUUAUUGUUACUCUUAUUUAUUGUUUGUGCCUUCUUGUUUUUUAUGUUGCGUUGUUUACUUGUAUGUCUCGUGUAAUAUGUCUUGUCACCGUGGGAUAGGGAAAACGUAAUUUCGAUCUCUUUGUGUGACUCGGCAUGUGAAGAUGUUGACAAUAAAGCAGACUUUGACUUUGAGGUGGUGAGCCCGUUGCCUGGCCCCAUGGGUGAAAAUCCGGCCACCUGACGCUCACCUUCGAGCUCCACCUCCAGAUUAUUUGGAUGAGAGGGGUAUAAUGUUGCAAACAUAUCAGUGGGGAAGCCAAUAAUUUACCAUUAGCUGGUUGCUUGGAUCGUUUUGUUAAAUGAUGGCAGCUACUAAUGCAAGAAAAACGUGAAAACCAAAUACCCAUCUUUUCGUAUCUACAUGGGCACCCGUACUUGUUCCCAGUGCAUGCCGGGUAGAUCAGCUUCGGUAAGGAGGGCGUCAUGUGCUUUUGAGGUACAACUAGUUCCUUGGUUUGUUGAGCAACAAGGUUACUUAUCGAAGGCACCGCAGUGAUUUGGGGACUCCGGAUUAGCGUUUAGCAUGUACUGCACUAGAGCGACGCUGCGGGCCGCGGUGAGCCUCCACCGACAACGGCUUCAGCGGGAGGAGCAGCAAAUGUCGGCCUGGUGCUUGCUGAAACUCCUCAGGACGAGCGCCGAUGUCCGCUCUGACGUCCUGGUCACGCCGCCGCUGGACGGCGCCCCCAAGCAUUACUCGCCCAAAAUCCAGAAACUGGUCAGCGACAUAGCCAGCCUCACCUUGUUAGAGGUGUCGGACCUCAAUGAGCUCCUCAAGAAAACGUUGAAUAUUCAGGAUGUCGCAAUGAUGCCGACAGGCGGGACGGCUGCUCCAGGACCUCAGAUUUACACAGGCAAAUCUGCAAGCGGUAUCCCUGAAAGAAAACAAGGAAAACGUGUGGUCCUCGAUUUGACUACUGGACUGCAGGGUCACAACAUCACUUGUGACAAUUUUUUUACCAGCUAUGACCUUGGGCAAGAACUUCUCAGGAGGAAACUCACCAUGGUGGCCACAGUAAGAAAAAAUAAACCCGAGCUGCCCGCUGAAAUGUUGCUGGUGAAGGACAGGGCUCCACUUUCCUCCAAAUUUGUUUUCACAGAUACCACCACUGUUGUUUCAUAUUGUCCAAAAAAACAACGGAAUGUGAUACUGAUGUCCACUCUUCACUAAGAGGCUGCUGUGUCAUCAGGAAGAGACAAAAAGCCCAUCAUCAUCCUGGACUACAACAAAAACAAAGGAGGAGUGGACAAUCUGGACAAGCUGAUUGCCACCUACACUUGCCAGCGAAUGACCAGGAGAUGGCCAAUGGUUGUGUUUUACAACAGCCUCAAUGUGUCUGCAUACAAUGCAUUUGUGUUGUGGACCCAUAUUGACCAAGGGUGGAAUCCAACCAUUUCUUCAGGAGCUCGUGAAUUCCCUUGUCCAGACGCUCAUUGAGCAACGGGAACGGGUGCCCCGAGACCCAGCUGCUGCAGACUUGGUCAGACAGCUUCAGUGCACGCCAUCCACUAAAAUAAAAUGUUGUUUUUAGGGUA